AUGCGCAGACGGUUUAUCGAUAUUGGAGCCAACUUGACAGAUUCGCAAUUUUCAGGGGUGUAUCGGGGGAAACGGAAGCAUGAGGACGACUUCCGGGCCAUGAUGAACCGAGCAGAGGAGCAAGGGGUUGAAAAGAUGAUGGUGACCGGCUCCUGUUUGGAAGAGAGCCGCCGUGCCCUAGAGCUCGCUCGGCAGUACCCCGGAGUGCUUUAUUCGACGGUAGGAGUGCAUCCCUGCAGUGCAAAGCAGGUGCCCAAAGAAAGUUCAACGCAGUACUACAAGGAUCUCGAAGAUCUUGCUCGCAAGGGUGCUGCGGAGGGUGUUGUCAAGGCGUUUGGCGAGCUUGGCCUCGACUACGAUCGGCUGCACUAUGCGCCCAAAUCUCGGCAGAUUGAAGUAUUUAGAGAUCAGCUCGAGAUUGCUACAAGAUUAGAUCUGCCGCUGUUUCUACAUUCACGUGCAUGUGCGGCAGACUUCGCCCAAAUAAUGAAAGAGUUUCUCCCGAGAUUGCCGAAACGUGGUGUCGUCCAUUCCUUCACCGGAACAGUCGAAGAGGCUCGUGAGCUUUUGGAUAUGGGCCUCUACAUAGGCAUUAAUGGGUGCUCCUUGAAGACGCAAGAAAACCUCGAUGUCGUAAAGAGCCUGCCUCUUGAUAGAAUUAUGCUUGAAACCGACGGCCCCUGGUGCGAGAUCAGGCCCUCCCAUGCCGGCCACAAAUUCACAAACCCGCUGCCGUACAAUGCGGCGAAGCCCGAAAAGUUUGUCGAAGGUGCCAUGGUGCGUGGGCGCUGCGAACCGUGCACGAUUAGUGGAGUCGCCGAGAUCAUUGCCGCGGUGCACGAAACAGACGUCGAACAAGUGAUUGAAAACGCGUGGAAGGCAACACAGGACAUGUUUAAUCUCAACUAG